CGGGCAAACAGUUGGCUCAUUUCUACAUUUUCCCAUGCCCGGUUUAAAAAUGCCAAGCCGGGAUGGGUCUCGGACAACGCUUGGAAAGCGCUUUUGGAAUAUUGAGAAUCCAAUGCAACUUUUAAAAAAUACAGCGAAUCGGGGAAGAAGAAAAGGAACUGCCCAAACGCAAAGGAGACCCAAUGGCAUGGCGAGCGUUCUACCACAUUUGACCAUAAAAAUUGGUAAAUUAUCCCACUAAUAUGCCUUCUAAAUUAAUUAUAAAUGCUUACAAUAUUUAACAAUUUAAUUUAAUUUUAUAUAGGGGAAAAGUGGAAGAAGAAAGUGAGUAAAUAUAUCCUGUUGACAACUUGUUUGACUCCAAAAUCUGGGCCACCACCUCCCCGUAUUGCCGAGAUAACACGAAAUCAUGAAGAAUUGAUGGCCGAGAAGGUGGCUGAAGUACCUUAUGGUAUGAUUGCAUCACUACGAAACUCUCAAAGAGGUCACAAGUUCGAAUCCAAUCUCACUUCAAGGAUGUUGACCGUUGCUUUUCAAAAAAAGAAGUUAAACUUGAGUUUGAUUAGACAUUUGCUAGUGUCAAUGCUUGUAUUGUGACAUAUAUGCUUGCAUGGUGACAUUGCUAAUGGGGCUAUUGUUCUUGAUUCUUGAAUAUUGUGCCUAAUGUUUCGAAGCCCCGUUGGAAACUUGGAAUUGGUUAUUGUUUCUUCUUCUUGUAGAUGCCUCAGAUCAAGCAAAUAGCAAAGAGGGCAAGAAACGAUGAUGAGGUCGGCAGUAGCCGGGGGACGACAACGGAAUCAGAAGCUGGACUUUAUCAAGUCCAGUCCAAGACCGAUGUUCAGGAGAUCAAUUUCCGGACCUUCUACACCAAGUCCAUUGGAACUCUCUACUAUCCGAAGGCAGCCCCAUUAAGGGCGGGGCUGGAGGGGUUUCAGCCGAUUGAUUGUACAGCCCCGCCGGAGAAGAUUGUUCUGAACCCGGAGGUGCUCGUUGAGGAGGAGGGCGGAGAUGCAGGCGAUGGCGACGAGGAUGAGCAGGGAGCAGCAGCUGGAGCCUGGAGGGAUGAGCCCCAUGGCUAUAUGCCCCCUUGGGAGGGGAUGCAUCGGCACUAGGAGGACGUUUACACCAGACUAUAUUAGAGGCAGGAGCAGUUCUUCACGCAGAUGCGUGAAGACGAGGUUAUCCUCCCUGGAGCAGACACUUUCCAGAUUACCAGUACCCACCCCUCCCCCUCCCCAGUAGACGAGUUGAGCAUUUGAUGAUGUACCCCUAUUAUUACACUUCUGGUCACCACACUUAGGAUGAUAUAGUCUGCACUUAUGGUGUUACUCUGUACUUCUUUGUUUGGAUGCUUUGUUUUGCUUUGCUUUGUGUUUGUGUUUGCAGCUUGAUCUUUAGCGCGGUCGAUGAUGUGCUGUUUGAUUUGUUGACUUGAGCUAGUGAAUUCCUCUUUACCC